AGAAGGCGUCACGGCCGCGCCGUGCAAACUUCCGGUCAGGAAGAUGGCGGCUUCCUAGACCCCUGUGAUUGACUGGCCGCGGUUCCUAGGCUGCAGAGUGGAGCCGGGCGGUGUGACCUCGUGCGAGCUCUUCUGUGGCUGUGGUGUAACAUCGACGCGGCUUGCUGGCAGCUCCAGGCUCGUUGUGCCCCGGAGUCGCCGCCCCGAGAAGCGCACACCUUUGCACGGCCGGCGCCUUGCGGUCCCUGCUGCCCCGGGGACCUGGCCGCCCGCUCUCGUGCACGCGCCAGCCACCCGCGCGCUGUGGCCUCGCGUGGCAGACACCCAGACACAAGCUCGCCAAGGCCAGCCAGCAGGGUCCUGGCUUCCGCAGCCCCCUCUCCAUCCCAGCACCCCGGGGCCAUGGAGGCGGCCGAGGCCCGCAGCCCCCCUGAGGACGAGGAGGAGCAGGAGGAGGAGGACGGGGAGGAGCCGACACCUGAGCCCCGGCCUCACACUCGCUCCAACCCCGAGGGCGCCGAGGACCGGGCCCUGGGAGCUCAGACCCACGUGGGCAGCCGCAGCGAGGGCGAGGGUGAGGCAGCCAGUGUCGCAGGGGCCGGGCCCAAGCCCUGGCAGGUACCGGCACCUGAGGUCCAGAUUCGAACACCACGGGUCAACUGUCCAGAGAAGGUGAUCAUCUGUCUGGAUCUUUCGGAGGAGAUGUCCGUGCCCAAACUGGAGUCUUUUAAUGGCUCCAGGACGAACGCCCUCAAUGUGUCUCAGAAGAUGGUUGAGAUGUUCGUGCGUACAAAGCACAAGAUUGACAAGAGCCACGAGUUUGCGCUGGUCGUGGUGAACGACGACUCCGCUUGGCUGUCUGGCCUGACCUCCGACCCACGCGAGCUCUGCAGCUGCCUGUACGACCUGGAGACGGCGUCCUGUUCCACGUUCAAUCUGGAAGGCCUCUUCAGUCUCAUCCAGCAGAAGACCGAGCUGCCAGUCACAGAGAGCGUGCAAACCAUCCCUCCCCCCUACGUGGUGCGCACCAUCCUGGUCUACAGCCGCCCGCCCUGCCAGCCCCCGUUCUCCGUGAGUGAGCCCAUGAAGAAGAUGCUCCAGUGCCCCUACUUCUUCUUCGACGUCAUUUACAUCCACAACGGCUCGGAGGAGAAGGAGGAAGAGGGGUGGAAGGACAUGUUCUCCUUCAUGGGAAGCCUGGACACCAAGGGCACCAGCUACAAGUAUGAGGUAACCCUGGCUGGGCCCGCCCUAGAGCUGCACAACUGCAUGGCCAAGCUGUUGGCCCACCCGCUGCAGAGGCCCUGCCAGACCCACGCGAGUUACAGCCUGCUGGAGGACGAGGAGGCUGCUGAGGGCGGAGCCACCGUGUGAGCUGCGUGCGAGCUGCUUGCGAGCUCCGACGGCUCUGCACAGCCUGCUCCUGCCGUGUCUGCUGUAAAUUCUCUCUUCCUGGGACCACUCUGUCUCCAGAAUAAAAUCUGAGGCUUCUGGA